AUGCGUCUCGCCCUGUUCCUCCCCUCACCGCCUCUUCUGCGCCGCGGCCGCCACCCUCUCUGCGCCCGCCAGGCCACCACGGCCUCCGCUGCGCCGGACCCCGCUCUCGUCAUCGUCGAGAGCCCGGCCAAGGCCGCCACCAUCCAGAAGAUCCUUCCCGAGUCUCGCUACCGCGUGCGCUCGUGCGUGGGGCACGUGCGCGAGCUGCCGGGCUCGGCGAAGCGCAUCCCGGCCAAGUACAAGCGCGAGCCGUGGGCGAAGCUGGGCGUCGACGUCGCCGACGACUUCCGCCCUUUGUACGUCCUCAUCGCGGGCAAGCAGACCAUCAUCUCGCACCUCAAGGCAGACCUCAAGAACAGCGCGGAGCUCAUCCUCGCCACGGACGAGGACCGAGAGGGCGAGGCCAUCUCGUGGCACCUUACCGAGCUCCUCAAGCCCACCGUCCCCGUGCGCCGCGCCGUCUUCCACGAGAUUACCCCGGACGCCAUCGAGUUUGCCUUCCGCAACUGCCGCGACAUCGACCUCAACCUCGUCCAUGCCCAGGAGACCCGCCGCGUCCUGGACCGCCUCGCGGGCUACACCAUGAGCCCGCUGCUGUGGAAGAAGAUCGCGAAGGGGCUCUCCGCCGGAAGGGUCCAGAGCGUCGCCAUGUCCGCCAUUGUCCGCCGCGAGCUGGCCAGGCUCGCCUUCGUGCCCGCGCGCUACGCAGGCUGCACCGCCCGCUUCGAGGGCCCCGACCGCCCUGUCGUCGCCACUCUCAGCACCGUCGAUGCCGUUCGCAUGGUCCGCGGCUCCGAUUUUGACGACCAUACGGGGGCGCUUACCGCUCGCGCCACCGCCAAGAACAUUCCUGUCUUUGACCGCCCCGCGCUCGAGAGCCUCGUCGCCGCGCUUGAGUUGGCGGACGCGCGCGUCGCCGCCGUGGACAAAAAGCGCACCACGCGCAGCCCGCCCAGGCCGCUCAUCACUUCCACGCUGCAGCAGGAGUGCGGCAACAAGCUCGGCUUUGGCGCCGGCCGCACCAUGCGCGUCGCCCAAAAAUUGUACGAGAACGGUCACAUCACCUACAUGCGCACGGACAACCCUAACUUGAGCGAUCAGGCCGUCGCCGCGUGUCGCACAUGUGUAGAGGCAUUGUACGGGAAGAAGGCGGUUUGGGAUGGCAAGGGGCCGCCGAGGGUGCCCAAGCCCAAGGCUGCACAGGCGGCGCAUGAGGCUAUCCGACCGGCGGGGAGCACGUUCACUCUGCCGGAAGACUUGCCGCCGGGCUUGGAGCGCGAUGAAAUCGCCGUGUACAGCUUGAUUUUCAAACGCACCCUCGCGUCGCAAAUGGUCGGCGCCAAGCUGGAUCAGACUACAAUCAAGAUUCAAGUCCAGGCCAAGGGAGACGCCCCGUGCAGGAAAGUCGAGUUUAAGGCUACAGGCAGCGUGGUCGUCGAUCCCGGUUUUCUGCGAGCGUAUCAGUCGGAAGACGUUGUUCAGACACCGGGAGCUUUUCUUCCAUCGGUCGUGGAAGGGGACAAGCUAGUCGGGUCGAAUGUCGCAGUGCUUGAACAUGAAACAAAGCCACCGGCGCGAUACAACGACGCGUCUCUGGUCAAGGAUUUGGAGGAACUUGGCGUGGGGAGGCCUAGCACCUAUGCCAGCAUCAUUGAAAAGCUUAUCGCGAGGGGAUACGUCUUUCGGGGGCGGAUGCUGGGAGAGAACAAGUCAGUUCCUCCGAGGGCUUUGCUACCAAGUUUAACUGCGUUCGCUGUGGAGAAGCUGCUUUCCAAGCACUUUUCGUCAUUUGUGGAUGCCGAAUUCACGGCCAAGAUGGAAGAGGCAUUGGAUGAAAUUGCAGGCGGUAGUGCAGAGCGGACGCACUAUCUGCGACAGUACUAUUGCGGUGAAGAUGGCCUUGCAGCAUCCGUGGAACGCACAGAGAAGGAAAUUGAUGCUAGCGUCUUCCGACAAAUUUUGCUUCCCAACAUGCCACCCGAAAUGUUGGCUUCGGCUGCGAAGGCGGGAAAGAAAGUAGACAAAGCGAAGACGGCAAAGGCGAGGGCCAGUUCUAGCAGCUCGUCUGGCAGUGACGGUGAGUCCGAAACGGACUGGUCAAACACCAAAGUUUUAGUAAGCUCAUACGGCCCCUACGUCGAGCAAAACGGCGUGGUGGUUGCGUCCCUUCCAAAAUUGACACUGGCAGACGACCUAACCGCUGACCGGCUGGAAACCGUGCUGCAACUGGCCCAGGACCCUGAGCUUGGCACAGACCCGAAGAGUGGAAUGCCUGUAUUACUCAAGACCUCAAGGUAUGGACCGUACGUGCAGUUGGGAAGAGAAAACGACUACGCCGGGGGCACCAAGCCCAAGCGCUCUAGUCUGUUUCCGGGCAUGGACGUCGGUACGUUGACGAUAGAUCUUGCCUUAAAGCUUCUCAGUCUCCCGCGCUUGCUGGGUACCCAUCCCAAGUCGGGAAAUGAGGUACGAGCUGCUAUGGGACCGUACGGUCCCUAUGUCGUGCAUGAUGGUACGUAUGUUUCUUUGAAGAAAGAUGUGCACAACGUUUUGGAGAUCAGCUUUGACGAAGCGAUGGAAUUGAUAUCUGCGUCUGAAUAUCGAAAGGAAGUACGCCGGGAAAAGCAGGCGUUGAAGAAGGCUGAAGUGCAAGCGAAGAAAAAGGAAAAAGGUACGUCAAGCCCAAAAGUCAAGCGAAGCGCCAAAGGAGGUGCGUCAGCGAAAAGAAAAACGACUGCAAAGCAAAAAAGCGUCGCGUAAAACACAAGGGUGAGAGUGAGAAAUUCUCCAAGAAGGAGUGCAGUAGUAUUUUCCGUUACCAAGCUUUUCGAGGUUGGCUUUGGCUUUUUAUCAGAGGCCAGAACGUGGUCUUAUGAAGUUAGGCCUCGAGGAGCGAAAUUAAUAGGUAUUUUUACAUUUUAACUUUGUCGGAGUGACCGCGGUUCGAAGUCCGUUUUCAGAAUUGUAACAAGUCUACGAGUGCACGGGAGGGGGGAACCGCCAGAGAUAGAAUUACACUUCAAGAAAAGAGGAAGGGAAGGCGAAAUUGUUUGCGGGGUAGAGUGACAAUGAGCUUUUAAAAAAUCGGUAAACUGAAGGGGAAAACUGUUACUAUCGAAAA